UUGUGUGGAGACACGGGACGCUGUAGCAGACGCUGACCGCACCCGGUGCCAGUCGAGUCCAACUCGUCCUGUCGUCAUGUCUUUGAGGACACGAUGGGUCCAAGUGUCCCUGCUGUUGUCCUCCACGCUCACGUGCCUGGCGAUGAAGAUAGAUGGCAAAGGCUUCACGGGUCAAGAGGGAAAUGGUUCAGUGGUGGUUGACGAUCACGUCAAGGCAAUCCUGAACAGCCCACUCACAACUGUUUUCCUCCCGGUGGUCUACAUAAUCGUGUUUGUUGUGGGGUUGCCCACCAACGCUCUGGCAAUCUGGGUCUUCCUCUUCAGGACCAAGAAAAGACACCCGUCCUCCAUCUACAUGGCCAACUUGGCUCUGGCUGACUUGCUGUUUGUUAUCUGGGUCCCUCUGAAAAUAGCAUACCACUUUAACGGUAACAACUGGGUCUAUGGAGACGGUUUGUGCAAAGUGCUGGUGGCCUUUUUUUAUGGCAACAUGUAUUGCUCCAUUUCUUUCAUCGCCUGUAUAAGCGUGCAGCGUUACUGGGCCGUGGUCGACCCGCUGUCCCAGAAGCAGCGGAGAAACUGUGUUGCCGUUUUUGUUUCUGUCACCAUCUGGGUGGUGGUCUGGCUCCUCACGCUUCCUCUCUACCUGUAUGAUCAAGCUGUGCAGGUGCCAAACCUCAAAAUCCAGACCUGCCACGACGUCACCAGGCCCAGUCAGAAGGAGAUUGCCGCAGGAUAUUUCCUGACCAUGGGAACACUGGGAUUUGUCGUUCCCACUGUCGUAUGCAUCAUAUCCUACGUCCUCAUGCUGAAGGCUCUUAGGAACAGCUUGGAGGACGCCACAGUUGCCAAGAAGCGCCAAAAGGCUGUAGUCCUGAUCAUCACGGUCUUGGUGAUGUUCCUGGUCUGCUUCACUCCCAGUAACAUCAUGCUGCUGGUGCACUACACCCUCCUACUGAACAACGCAGUCAACAACAUGUACGGGUUUUACAUCACCACCCUGUGCCUGGCCAGCCUCAACUGCUGCGUGGAUCCCUUCAUUUACUACUUCAUCUCUGAGGACUUCAGGAACCACGUCAAGAACACGUUCAUGUGCAGGAGCGAGAGAACCGUGGAGAGGAUGAGGGUCUCCUUCAGCGCACUGAAGUUCUCCAAAAAGAGCAACACGUACACGUCAGAAACACCGAACACACGGAGCACCGAGUGUUAGCCGGGCCCUUGGUUUCAGAUUUACUCUCAGGUGGAAGAAGAAUGAAGAAGAACGUGCAUCUCCAGGUUUGAUGUGCACGGAUAUCUGCAAACAUCACAUUAACUUAAUGUGUGUGUGG